AUGAACACGCAUCACAAGCUGAUGGACGGAUACAAGGCGGAGUCCUACGGCAACGAUGCCGAGGACGAGAUGCUGUGCCCCCUCUGCAUGGAGGUUUUGGACGAAACCGACCGGAACUUCUACCCGUGCACUUGCGACUACCAGGUGUGCCUGUGGUGCCUGCACUACAUCCGUACCACCAUGGGCAACAAGUGCCCGGCGUGCCGGCGGGACUACGAGGAGGCGAACAUGAAGUACAAGACGAGCCCGAGGGUGCCCACGACGUCGCGUUCGAGCAACCCCAAGAAGAAGCGUGAGGCUGGCGAGAAGGACGCCACGACCCGGGAGGAGCGGUCGGGCGUGCCGUCGCAGCUGAGCAACGCGAACCUGAAGGAGAUGCGUGUGAUCCAGCGCAACCUGGUGUACGUGGUGGGCAUCCCCGCCAGGAUCGCCAAGAUGGAGAUUCUGAAGCAGCACGAGUACUUCGGGCAGUACGGGAGGAUCCAGCACAUGGUCAUCAACAAGAGCCAGUCGUACAACUCGCACAUGAGCGGGGCGUCGUACACCGCGUACAUCACGUACUCGAGGAAAUCGGAGGCUGCGCUGGCCAUCCAGAGCAUCGACGGGUCCCAGGUCAGCGGCAGGACGCUCAGGGCCUCGUACGGCACCACCAAGUACUGCAGCUUCUUCCUCAAGGGGCUCAAGUGCACCAACAUCGACUGCUUCUACCUGCACCAGUACGGGGACGAGAGCGAGCGCAUAUCGAAGAACGAGCUCACCAGCCUGAUGCACAAGACCAGCAAGUCGGGGUUGAGUCGUACCUCGCACGGCCUCGACACCCAUGCGGUGCCGAAGGGCAGGGAGGAGCACUCGGGCAGGCACCCCAACCCGCGGCGCGUGCACAGGAUCCACGAAACGCUGCAGUCCGGCAAGAGGCCCGAGGGCGGCGUGGACACCUACAACGCCUACCCCGCUGGCGCAACGCACUCCGAUCGCGACACGGCGUCGUGGGCGCACGUCGCCGCGGGCAUGAGGGACACGGCGGCCAGCGUGCAGCCCUCCGUGCCGUACAUCUACCCGCACCCCGAAGAGAUGCAAUUCCAGUACUCGGUGGUGGGAGAGGCGUACCCCGACGGAUACGCCCACUCCUACGAUCAGUACCGGCCGCAGAGAGCGAAGAGCGACUACCAGGCUGGCAAGCGUGUCAAGGCGCCGUACCAGCCGCACGAGAGCGCGCAAAACGCUGCGGCCGCAACCCCAACAGGCCAGAGUGAAGUCUUGCGCCACCUCUUCACUGAGUCUCUGAUCUCCCACCUGCAGCGGUACAACCGCGGCGAGCACAUUCUGUACGCCGUCGACAUGCCGGCCAACCGGGGCCACCCUGCCGGGAGCCACAGCGGCCAGCAGGCCGACGGGGCACCCGCCGCCCACGACGCCGCUAACGCCGCGCAAGGCCGGAUCUGGAUGAUGGCGGAGGACGCCAAGGCGUCAGGGGCCUACUACGUCUCCAACAGGCGCCGCCAGCUGGACUACUACAAGGGUGCGAACGACCUGUUCUUGGCUCUCGAGGGCGAAAACGCCAUCGCAGGAACCACGGCCGCGCUGGACCCCAAGGACAUCUUCUCCGACAGCGCAGCGGUCGAGGAGAUUUUGGAAAAGGUGAAGCAGCACACGCUGAUGCUGCGGCAGAUGUCGCGGAUGUACGCCGUCAAGCCGCAGCCUGCGAAGGCCGCGCCGCAGCAGCGCAGCGCCGAGGAGAAGCAGCCUAAGGAGGCUACGGAGGCGCCGAAGACGUCGUACAGCCACCCCGUGAGCACGUCGUCGGAGCUGCAGCACGCGCACGAAGCCAGCGCAGUCGCGCCCACCAAGGCGGAGAAAUACGUAACGAGCAUACUCUUCACCUCGCCUCAGCAGCAGUCGCAGCUGGAGGCCGACAUCAAGCUCCACGAGGAGCUGGUUGAGGGCGUGCAGAAGCUGCUGCACGCGCAGUUGAAGCGGGAGCAGCGGUACGCCAAACACAUGGCCGACCUGUAUGCCAACUGA